AGGUAAAACUGUGGUGCUGCUGCUGAUGGCCAUACAGUGGCUGCGGUGUGGUCACCACGUCUACGUUGUCAGUACUUGGAGAGGGAGUCGUGCAGCGUGCAUCAUGUUGUAUCACCUGUUGCUGAGAACAGGGCUGCCAAAGACUCAAUUUCACCUCCUGCAGUAUGAUCUCGAGAGAGGCAAAGACUUGGAGAAGGCCGUGAACGACUUGUCACGGAUGUUGAGGGGAGGGUCAUCGCACGUUAUCGCUGAUGAAGUCAAUGGGGAAUUACAGAAUUUCUUUGACAAACUACUGGCACAAGUUCCUCGUCUCCAUCUCUGGGCGGCAAGUUGCUACCAUCAAAGAGCACCUGCUGGUUGGCAAGUGGAGCAUUUAACAAGACCCCUUCGUUCUCCUCCCGCCAUCGUCAAGGAAGUCCAGCGGAGCGAAGUUAUCACAAGUUGUUUUGUCCCAGCUUAUAAAGAGCGUGGAGUACCCGACCACACAGACGGUCCGCCAGUCAGGAUUGUUUAUCACCAGGGAAGCCCAGAUUUCUGGUCAGGAAACUGUGCCACUUGUUGCUCUGAAGUGGCUGAAAUCUUACAGAGUCUCCGCGUUCAUAUUCCCGAGAAGGUAACGACAACUUCAACCGUCGGAUCCACCAGUAGCGCUCCAUCACUGUGUGUUCAGUGGAGAGACAUGAUAGUGUUGUACGGAGGUCGCGUAAGAGACACGACAGAUGUAAGUUUGGUAAGAGAACUGAGACAAGCUGGUAUCCCAGUGCGGGUGAUGAAGGACGAUGACAUCGAGGACGUGGCUACAGCCCGCAGUGACGUGGUGUGGGUGGCGAACACAGACCGUGUUUAUGGUCUCGAGCGAAAGGUCGUCGUAUGUCUCAAAAGUGAUGCUGACCUCUAUGACCGACUUCAUCUGAUGUCUCGCUGCACAUCACAACUGGUGAUUGUCUCCCCUUUGGGGCCUGGACAUGUGGCAGAUGCAUUGCUUUCUCUUACGGAUACUACAGAAAAUGAAUUGGCUCUUCAAAAGAUGGCACGUGUUGAUGUCGAUUCUGGGUCCAUCUCGUCUACUAAACAAGACAAGAAGACAUCCAGUACUGCUGUCUCCAGUUCCGAGGAAGAGAAAGAGGACCUGUGUCGAUGUCUGGGAACAACAGACCCCGCCGAUAUCACAGGACUGUGUCUGUGCUGUGUCCUUGACAAGUUUGAAAAGCUGCAAGACCCAAAUGUUCCAGAAGUCUUCAAAGUCGUAGUUGAAGGAAAAUUUGUCGCGCUUAACCUGGUGGAAUGUCAUGUCAAUGCCCUCGCGGGAAACAUCAAAGAGGUUCUAAUGUCAACAGCCCAGGAGGUUCUAGGGCGACAUAGUACUAAGAAACAGCAGUGUGUCACGAAUGACAUUCUAGAUCUCUACGUGGAGAAGGCCGUCAACGACUUGUCACAGGAAGCGAAGGGACUGUCGUUGUACGUCAUCGCUGAUAAAGUACAAAGUGAAUGCAGGGUCAACUACUUCGAAACUUUCUGUAACAAGCUGCUGACACAAGUUCCUCGUCUCCAUCUGUGGGCGGCAAGUUGUUUCCAUGAAGACGCACCCGCCUUCUGGCAAGUGGAAUAUUUAUCCAGACCCCUCCACUGUCUAUCGUCCGUCGUCAAGGAAGUCGACCAGGACAAGAAGAUCACUAAACACCGUGAUGUCCAGCCGUACAGUGAGCGAGGUGUGGCCGACCACACAGACGGCCCGCCAGUCAGACGACUGUAUCACCGAGGUCAGGGUCACUCAGGUUACUUCCCAGGUGACUGUGUCACGUGCGGUUAUCAGGUGGCCUGUCUCCUACACAGUCUCCGUGUUGGUGCUACGGAUAGUGGCCCUACAACAUCAACAGCAAUAACCUCUACCAGUGUCGGCACAACACCACCCUGUCUACAAUGGAGAGAUGUGCUAGUGUUGCACUGGUAUAACAGAAAUGACAACUCGGGUAUAGUAAACGGACUGCAAGAAGCGGGUAUCCCAGUGCGAGUGAUGAAGGAUGAGGACAUCGGAGACGUGGCAAAGGCCCGCAGUGACGUGGUGUGGGUGACGGAUGGACGUCGUACUCUUGAUCUGAAGAGAAAAGUCGUCGUUUGUGUGGAGUACCCUGAUUUUGAGUCAGUUAGGUCUGAGUUCGUAAGACAGUACAGCCCUAGCUGUGUCCGACUUGACCUCAUGCCCCUCAGUACGUCACAACUGGUGAUUGUCUCCCAUUACAGCGAGCAACCUGAAGGUGACUUACUCUGAGACACCUGUCAGGUGUCACCUCUUGUAGUCAAGUGCCUGUCUCUUACAUCAAUAGUUGUCUUCAGUGUUUCUACUUUUCUGCUCUCAGUCUAUGACCACGUCCUUAUCUCAUUACAUCAUUAUAUUUUCUUAGAUCACGAAGUCUGUGUCUUUAUACCAAUCAUAAUAUCAAUACUACCCUCAUGAAAAAUUGAAAUGAACUACAAUACUGGGAAUCUGUAUUUCUCUUGUCAGUUGUUCUCCAAACCUUAGGAUUCCCUAAUCCCUGUCAUUCUAUAACUCAAACAAGAAACAAUGUGAAUACUUUUUCCUCUUCCGUUCUUUUCCACCUUGAGUGCUGUCAUCAUCUGUUGUAUACAAGUUUGAUGUAUACUGGCUGUUAUCCACUUUUCGUCUGGCAAGCAAAUACUCAUCUGAAAGGGUUUUUUUUUGUGAAGUUAUAAUAUACAUCGAGAAUAAUGGCAUGCACUGCUUUACCAUAAAAUAUCUAUUUUACAUAAAAAAAAUCAGUUAACUGUCUGUUCACUGAGAUGUUAAUAGUCAUGUGGCUGUAUGUUCCAGUCUGUAACAAUAAUAAACCCUAAGCAAGGUCUGUCUGGAAUAAAGACACUACCAAUACCCUAAAACAGGGGUUCUCAACCUUUUACUUGUGACGCCCCCCCCCCCCCCCGACGA